GCCCAGGUCAGCUCGGAGACCAGCUUGGAUUGGUCUGCUCAGAACUAAGGCCAGUGAGGACCACCUCCUGGGCCGACCUGGAUUCCUCCCACGUGACACGACACUGCAGUCCAGUGAUGCGCUCCCCUGUUGCUCUCUUCCUCCUCCUUCUCCUCGUGGCCUCAGGGACUGAAGCCUUUCGGAUCUGUGCCUUCAAUACCCAGCGGCUGACCCUCACCAAGGUGGCCAAAGUGCUGGACACCCUUGUUCCGAUUGUGGCUCGCUGUGACAUCAUGGUGCUGCAGGAAGUAGUGGACUCUUCGGGCAGUGCCAUCAGCCUCCUGCUUCGAGAACUCAAUCGCUAUGGUGACUCGGGGCCCUAUGAAGCCGUGAGCAGCCCUCUGCUGGGGCGCAGCUCGUACAUGGAGAAGUACGUGUAUAUCUACCGGAAACUCAAGACUAAGAUCCUGAAUCAUUAUGUGUACAAUGACAAAGAUGACCUCUUCGCCCGAGAGCCCUUUGUGGCCCAGUUCACACUACCCAGCAAGGUGCUCCCCAGCCUGGUGCUUGUGCCACUACACACCACUCCCAAGGCGGUGGAGAAGGAGCUGAACGCACUGUAUGACGUUUUCCUGGAUGUCACUCAGCACUGGCAGACUGAGGAAGUCAUUCUCCUUGGGGACUUCAACGCUGACUGCGCUUCGCUGAGCAGAAAGCGCCUGAAUGAGCUGGUGCUGCGGACUGAGGCGGGUUUCCAGUGGGCUAUCGGUGAUGAUGAAGACACCACAGUGCGGGCCAGCACGCAUUGUGCCUAUGACCGCAUUGUGGUGCAUGGCCAGCACUGUCAGAGCCUGCUGCGGGCUGCCAAGGCCUUCUCGUUCCCCAGCAGCUUUGGGCUCACGGAGGCAGAGGCCCUGAACAUCAGUGACCACUACCCAGUGGAGGUGGAGCUGAGUGGGACAGCCACCAAGCCACAGUCCCUGGGCCUGGCAAUGCUGCUGCUGCCACUCGUUUCCUUGCGGCUGAACCCAGUGGCCUAAUGCUGCCCAC